ACUAUGGACGACGAGUACGACUACGAAUCAUUAGGCAGUAACACAACCAUGGCACAUAACGCUCUUGCAGGUGCUCUUGCUGGUAUAGCCGAGCAUUGUGCUAUGUAUCCUGUCGACAGCAUCAAGACCAGAAUGCAGGUCAUCCAAAGUUCCAAGCCAGUCGCUCUCGUCAGUCCACUCUCAGCAACAGCAACAGCAACAGCAACAGCAACAAUAACAGCAACCACAAUAUCCAAUCCACUACAGAUCCCAGCCAGCACAAUAAGAUCCACCCACAGCAAUCUGUGGCGAGGUGUCACUUCAGUCGUGAUGGGUGCUGGGCCUGCACACGCCUUACAUUUUGGUACCUACGAGUUUUGUAAAGAUUUUCUCGGUGCCAAUAAAGACGGUCACCAACCUCUCGCCUCUGCUGCUGCUGGUGCAUGUGCUACACUUGCUCACGACGCACUCAUGAAUCCAUUUGAUGUAAUUAAACAGAGAAUGCAACUCAAGGAUUCUGUGUACCGAACGGUUAGAGAAUGUGCUCGUCAAGUGUACACUAAAGAGGGCGCAAUUGCCUUUUACGUCUCACUCCCGACCACGUUGACCAUGUCGAUUCCUUUCCAAUCCAUCCAAUUCGCGACCUACGAGUAUUUCCGAAAGACGCUCAACCCAAGUGGUGAAUACGAUCCAAAGACACAUGUCAUCGCAGGCGGUUUGGCAGGUGCCUUUGCAUCUUCGAUAACUACACCUCUUGACGUCAUAAAGACCCUUCUUCAGACCCGUGGAAGCCAUCACGACCCAUACAUUCGCAACACAAAGGGCCUUGUGGAAGCUGCAUUGAUUAUCAAGGAACGCUUUGGGUUAAAAGGAUUCUUUAGAGGUUUCAGACCACGAGUAUUGACACACAUGCCCAGCGCUGCCAUCAGCUGGAGUGUAUACGAGUAUUUCAAGUGGAUUCUCAACGCACGUUUGUCGAACUAGUAGAAGCCUUUAUAUAUAUAUAUAUAUAAAGAAAAACAACAGCAAAACAAGCGAGCGAACAGAAGAAAGAUAUAUAUAUAUACAACAAUACUCUAUUGGCUUGGCUAAUUUUAUUCAUGUCACCGGCAAUGUUCUUCUUCACUACAAGUCUCAACCGGAAUCUCUCUUCUGUAUCAUGUCCUUGACCGUCAAAUCUUCACAAAUAUUUUUUUCUUCUUCUCUACCUUGUACCCUUAACAUUUCCUCCCCCCUCUCUCUCUCACACACACACACACACAUCUUACCAAUCUUUCCUAUCCUAUCCCCUCACGUUUUUGUCCCCCAAUUGUAAAGUAUGUUCUGCUGGUGCUGCUUUGUAUAUAAUCCAUAUAAAAUUGAUUUUAGAGUGUACGCCAAAGAAAAGAAGAAUAUAUAAUAGGGGGUUUCAUUAUCUGUUUUAGAUUUUAUUUUAUUUUUUCUGAGCUUUAAGCUCUAACCAAUAAUAAUGAAUAUAAAAAUAUAUUACUGAACCCCCCUCAUGUUAGCUAAUUUAAUGUAUAAAGUCUUUUAAAAAAUCACUUUUUUUUGUUUAUUAUUCUAGAUGUAUUUACUGUUUACAUAAAGCUACUGAUGGGCUAAAAUUUAUGAAAAGUCUUUGAAUAAGCAUAUUUAAGACAUAUUAAAUAAUAUAAUGUACUACUUCUAUCAAAAUAGACAGAAAAUAUGAGUAAAGUAAUGCUUUUUGUUAUUUGUAAUAUUUGAAUAAAAAUGCAAAGUCAAAAAUAAAAUAAAAUCUUAAAAUUAUCAAGCC